AUGUCUUCUUACGCUCAAUACUUAACCAAGGAAAAGGAGGACGAGCUCCGCAACAUUGCCAAUGCCAUUGUUACCGCUGGCAAGGGAAUCCUCGCCGCCGAUGAGUCCACUGGUUCUAUGGAGAAGAGACUCUCAUCCAUUGGUUUGGAGAAUGUUGAAGAGAACAGAAGAAAGUACAGACAGCUUCUUUUCACUGGAAACCCAGACUUGGGAAAGCAUGUCUCUGGAGUUAUCAUGUUCCACGAGACUUUCUACCAAAAAUCCGACGAUGGAACACCAUUCAUUCAAGUUUUGCAACAACAGGGAAUCAUUCCCGGAAUCAAGCUUGAUAAAGGUGUUAUCCCUCUCGCAGGAACCAUCGGAGAAGGAACAACCCAAGGUCUUGAUGACUUGAAUGCCCGUUGUGCCCAAUACAAGAAGGAUGGAGCUCAAUUCGCCAAGUGGAGAUGUGUCCACAAGAUCUCCUCUCAAACUCCUUCUCACACUGCUUUGGUUGAAGUUGCCCAAGUUUUGGCCCGUUAUGCCUCAAUUUGUCAACAAAACGGACUUGUCCCAAUCGUUGAACCAGAAAUCCUCCCUGAUGGUGAGCAUGAUCUUGCCAGAUCCCAAAAAAUUACCGAAACCGUACUCUCUUAUUGCUACAGAGCUCUCAAUGAGCACCACGUUUUCCUCGAGGGAACUCUCCUUAAGCCAAACAUGGUAACUGCUGGACAAUCUUACACUGGCCCCAAGCCUACCAACGAAGAAAUCGGCCUUGCUACUGUUACUGCACUUCAGCGAUCUGUCCCAGCUGCCGUUCCAGGAGUCGUUUUCCUUUCUGGAGGACAAAGUGAGGAAGAUGCUACCAAGAACUUGAACGCCAUCAACCAGGUUCAAGGAAAGAAACCAUGGGCUCUUACUUUCUCCUACGGACGUGCUCUUCAAGCUUCUUGCUUAGCUAAGUGGGCAGGAAAAGACGAAAACAUCAAGGAUGCACAGGCUGUCCUUCUUCACCGUGCCCAAGUUAACUCCUUGGCUUCCGUUGGAAAGUACACCGGAGAUCCAAAUGCUGAUGCCGCCGCUUCUCAAUCUCUCUUCGUUGCCAACCAUGCUUAUUAG